CUUCCAGUGAGCUGGGGAGCGGCGCUGGUGGCUCUGCGGGCAGCGAGCUCGUCCUGGAAGUGUGUGCUCAGGACGUGUGUCAGGGAGCAGGAGUGCAGGAACUCUUUCAUGGGGGACCACUUUGAGAAGGGCCAGCACGCUUUGCUCAAUGAAGGAGAAGAGAAUGAGAUGGAAGUAUUUGGCUACCGGACUCAUGGAUGCCGACAAGCCCUCUGUUUGGUUGGAUCCAUCUUGUCAUUUGGAAUUCUCCCCUUGGUGUUUUACUGGAGACCGGCUUGGCAUGUAUGGUCCAAUUGUGUCCCAUGUUCCUUGCAAGAAGCAGAUGUUGUGUUGCUGCGGACAACAGAUGAAUUCCAGACUUACUCUCGGAAAAAGGUAACAUGGAUCUACUUGUCAGCAUUGAGCAGUGCCUUUGGUCUCACUCCUGACCACCCUCUCAUUACUGAGGAGGAAUACAUCAUCAACAGAGCCAUCAGAAAGCCAGACCUAAAGGUAAGAUGCAUAAAAGUGCAGAAAAUAAGAUAUGUUUGGAACAACUUGGAAGAACAGUUCCAGAAAAUUGGUUCUUUGGAAGAUUGGCUCAGUUCUGCCAAGAUACACCUAAGGUUUGGAUCAGGUCUAACAAGAGAAGAACAAGAAAUUAGGAGGUUAAUAUGUGGACCCAACACUAUUGAUGUUGAAAUAACACCAAUUUGGAAACUUCUCAUCAAAGAGGUUCUAAAUCCAUUUUACAUAUUUCAACUCUUCAGUGUCUGUCUAUGGUUUAGUGAAGAUUAUAAGGAAUAUGCUUUUGCCAUCAUAAUCAUGUCCAUCAUUUCCAUAGCUUUGACAGUAUAUGAUCUCAGAGAGCAAUCUGUAAAACUCCAUCGUCUAGUUGAGUCACACAAUAGCAUUACAGUCUCUGUUUUGGGAAGAAAAGAUGGAGUCCAGGAGUUGGAAUCACGCUUCCUGGUGCCUGGAGAUGUACUGAUUUUGACAGGGAACAAAGUGCAGAUGCCAUGUGAUGCCCUGCUGAUUGACGGCAGUUGUGUGGUGGAUGAAGGGAUGCUGACAGGAGAAAGUAUUCCAGUCACCAAAACUCCAUUGCCCAAGAUGGAUAGCUCUGCACCCUGGAAAACACAGAGUGAAGCAGACUACAAGCGGCAUGUCCUCUUCUGUGGGACAGAGGUCAUCCAGGUCAAGGCCACCUGUUCCGGGAAUGUGAGAGCAGUGGUGCUACAAACCGGAUUCAACACUGCCAAGGGGGAUCUCGUGAGAUCAAUUCUCUACCCAAAGCCAAUGAAUUUUAAGCUGUACAGGGAUGCCAUUAGGUUCCUCCUGUGCCUCAUAGGGACGGCCACCAUUGGCAUGAUCUACACGCUCUGUGUUUUUGUGCUCAGUGGGGAACCUCCUGAAGAGGUGGUGAAGAAAGCCCUCGAUGUUAUCACAAUCGCAGUUCCCCCAGCUCUCCCUGCUGCUCUGACCACAGGCAUCAUCUAUGCCCAGAGGAGGCUGAGGAAGAGAGGCAUCUUCUGCAUUAGCCCGCAGAGGAUCAAUGUAUGUGGACAGUUAAACCUUGUCUGCUUUGACAAGACAGGUACCUUAACAAGGGAUGGCUUGGAUCUCUGGGGAGUCGUGCCCUGUGAUAGGAAUGGCUUCCAGGAAGUCCACAGCUUUGUCUCAGGCAGGGCUUUGCCAUGGGGCCCGCUGUGUGCCGCCAUGGCCAGCUGCCACUCUCUGAUCCUCCUUGAUGGGACCAUCCAGGGAGACCCCCUGGACCUCAAGAUGUUUGAAGCCACUGCCUGGGAAAUGGCAGUUUCUGGAGAUGAUUUCCAUAUCAAGGGAGUGCCAGCGCAUGCCAUGGUGGUUAAGCCUUGCAAAACAGACAGCCAGGUCCCAGUUGAAGGAAUUGCCAUCCUGCAUCAAUUCCCAUUCUCAUCAGCGCUGCAGAGGAUGACCGUCAUUGUCCAAGAAGUGGGAGGUGACCGGCUGGCAUUCAUGAAAGGAGCACCAGAAAGGGUAGCCAGCUUCUGCUACCCUGAGACAGUACCGGCUAGUUUUGUCAGUGAACUUCAGAUUUACACGACACAGGGCUUCCGAGUCAUAGCACUGGCCUACAAGAAGCUAGAAACCGACCAUCACACAACUGCCUUAACAAGGGAAAAGGUAGAAUCAGACCUGAUAUUCCUGGGAUUGCUGAUCUUGGAGAAUCGAUUGAAGGAAGAGACAAAACCUGUCUUAGAAGAGCUCAUCUCAGCCCGGAUAAGGACUGUAAUGAUCACAGGUGAUAAUCUGCAGACUGCAAUAACAGUGGCCAGAAAGUCUGGGAUGGUUUCUGAAAAUCAGAAGGUCAUUCUCAUUGAGGCAAAUGAAUCUACUGGAUCCUCUUCAGCAUCUAUAUCAUGGAAAUUAGUGGAAGAGAAGAAGCACAUCGCAUAUGGGAAUCAGAACAAUUACAUUGACAUCAGAGAAGAAGUCUCUGAAAAUGGUAAGGAAGGAAGUUACCAUUUUGCUUUAAGUGGAAAAUCCUUCCAUGUUAUAAGUCAACAUUUCAGCAGCCUUCUUCCAAAGAUACUGAUCAAUGGGACCAUCUUUGCAAGAAUGUCUCCUGGGCAGAAAUCCAGUCUGGUAGAAGAGUUCCAGAAGCUGGAGUAGGUUCUUUGUUAAUUUAGGUGGCA